GAUGGGAUUUAAUGGGUGGACUACUCGCAUGGAUCGCAUAUGUUCCGUUCUAGUCCUGCCCUACUGCGGUACUGCAGUGAACUAAGGUGAGACCCUUCUGGGUGUCUACUGAUACCAUGAUACAGUAUUUAGAGGGGGUGGGAUAGGUUCCCUUGGUCUCUGUCAGAGCGAGGCUGCGAUACCAAGUCAGCAUUUAUAUAUUGCGUCAGCAUUCAUCACAUGACUGAGGACGCGUUAAUGGUUUGAGAUUUUGAGAUUUGUGCAUAUGAGUGUCAGAGGCUCUAGAGCGCCAUUUCGUAACGCGAACUGAAGUCUUCAAUGAUCUUAGAUCAAAUGGUGACGCUGCAGGAGUUUGUCUGAUUUCGUUCCGCCUUCCUUUUUAUCUGGUGUUUUAUUGGGAGUGUUUGAACUCAUCGUCUAUAGACGGACAGCUUUUGAACGAUUUAAUGUAUUAGAGUUCAACAAUAACCCUUAGAUGAUGCGUUUACGUAUUAGAACGGUUAAAAACCAUUCUAACCAGUAUAUGUAAUAAUUUUUCAAUAAAUGAAGCCUAACCUUGUACCCUAAGAAGGGCAUUUAAAAAAAUCCUUAUGAAAAUAAGCUUUAUGAACGACAAGUAGUAAACAAAUGAUAUUAACUACGUAAUUGAAUAACGCUUUGAAUUCCUUUAAAAGAAUGGUAUUUUGAUUACAUGAUAGCAUAAAAAUUAAAAUUACUGAAGACAGCGUCGUCAAAUUAUUUGCCGCACACAAUCGCAAAGUUCCAUUGGAGUGAAUUUCGUGGCCUCAUAACUGAUAUCUGUAAUCUCGUGAAUCUCUCCUACGAGGUGUAAAAAAUAAAGGUUCAGACGAGACUCUGGGUGCUUUUUCUUUAAUAUGGAUUGAAGGUUUUAAAAGAAUUAAUUUGAGGGGCUUGGUUUGAAAAACGCUCCAGGAUCAGACAGAUCAAUAUCGGUAAAUGUUACGUUCAAGUUUGGGCUUAUUCCAGAACUAUCGAGCACAAAAAACUUACUCGUCAGACAACAGUUUUGGUUUACAGAGCUCCGUUUUAAGGGAAAGGGAAAACGUGUUUUGGUUGUUUCUUGUUUAAGGCGCGUUGGCGCCAAGAACAACGCUUCAGUGCUUUUGUCCAAAGUCCUUGGCUUUCAGAACAAGACCGCCUUUUUUCAGCGAAAGGCAGUGAUUUGGAACAAGCGUAAACAAACUUAAAAACACCAAUAUCGUUUCCGCUUCGAUGAAAAUUGAAAAAAAAGACUGCUAGGGAGAGCUCAUAAAAAGUUUAAUUUGCGUAUGAAAGGAAGCUAAAAUGAUUUAAAUGCCCGCAAAAGAACAGAAAAGAAGCUUGUGUGAUUCUUUUGGAACAACAGAGCUACCCUGUUUUUAUGCUUCACAUACUGCAUUAAAAUAACUCUUUCAGGACGUACAGACAUCGUAAGAAGAAGGAUAUAUUUUUCACGCACAAACAGAAUUAGGGGAAAGUAAAAAUGAAAUAAAUACUAAAAACUUCGUAUAACUGAGGUACUCUCGAGAAGAAUGCUUUAGUUUAUAAUUAGACCCUCGUUCUAGAGGAUUCCGUAAAGAAACUUUUCAAUCCACCAAACAAAUCCAGACCCAUUAAAGCAUAGUAAGAUUUUUCAGAUAUACAUGGAAGAAAAAUGUGUGCGACUCCAAACAAGCGUUUACCAUGUUACCAGAACAAUCCUGAACGCCUUCGUACUUGACAAAAAAAUAUAUUAUGUAAUGGUUGAAAGCCGACUGUUUAUGGUUGAGCGCGUCCAAAGCCUAUAUUCAAACGAGUGGCAUAAAACUAGAAAAAAAACAAAAUCGCUGGACUGUAUACGCUUGGGGUGCGCGCCUUCGCAUCACAUUGAAAAUUUUAUUUGAGAGAAUUUUAAACACAACCCGGUCGUGAUGUAUGGUUAUAAAUUCAUAGAACGCUUAACCAGAAAGAAAACUGAUGAUUUUGUUCCGAGUGACACUCCCUUUAAGCGAUGUAUGAACGUGUUCGAUCUGACAGCUCUCGGGAUCGGUGGCUUGAUAGACGCAGGGCUGUAUGUUGUAAUCGGUCAGCUUGCGCAUUCUGUCGCAGGUCCAGCUGUCAUCGUGUCCUUCUUAAUUGCGGCUGUAGCUUCUCUCCUGGCCGGUAUUAACUAAGCGGAGUUUUCAUCCAGAGUGAGCCGCUCCGGCUCCGGCUACAUCUACACGUACGUUGGCAUGGGAGAGAUCUGGGCCUUCGUGACAGGCUGGUGUAUGAUUACAGAGUAUGUUCUGUCUGCAGCGUCCCUGGCAUCGGCCUGUAGCGAGUACAUCAAUUUUCUUUCCAAUGGUUCCGUGUACAAAUUCUUCGAGGAUGAAUUCGGCCUUUGGCAGGCCACUGCGCUUUCAGAGUUUCCGGAUCUUGUAGCCUUCGCGUUGGUUUUUCUAGCGACAAUUAUAAUCUGCCUAGGUGUCAGAGAGUCCAAAAUCAUACUGGACGCAACAGUCUUUGCCAACCUGCUCAUAGUAACUUUCAUAAUCGUUGUCGGGGGCUACCAUGCCAACGCUUACAACUGGUCCACUUUGGAGAAGUUUGCGCCUUACGGCUGGACAGGUAUACUUACAGCAGCCUCUAGCUGUUUCUAUUGCUUCAUAGGCUUCGAUACUAUACCAAAUGCGAGCGAGGAGGCCAUCAACCCCAACGUGUCCGUACCACUGGCCAUUCUAAUGUCUUUGGGAAUAAGCCUGUUUGUUUACAUCGGAGUCAUUACAGUUCUGACCAUGAUGGUUCCUUAUUAUCAGUUAAAGGACCUUGCACCCGUCGCCGAAGCCUUCGCCAAACGUGGAUUUGCUGCCUCAAAAUAUAUCGUUUCCGUCGGCGCCUUGUGCGCGAUGCUGAGUAGUUUGCUGGCCGCGUGUUUCGCGACACCGCGUCUGAUUUACGCCGUUGCUUAUGACGGUCUCAUUUUCGGCUGCUUCACUAAAAUAAACAAGGAAAGGCAGGUCCCAUUGCGAGCUGUGGCUGUCAGUGGAGUUCUAAGCGCGCUGCUGGCGUUUU